GUACGCUUCACUGUGCCCUCCUCCACUUCCCCCUCUGACCUCUCCUCCCUCUCGUGAGCUCGGCUGCUCCCUUCCCGAGCUCACUCUGUCGUUGGCGUUCGCGUUGACUGGCCAGAGUCCGCGAGCUGAGCGCCCUCUUCCUUCAUUUCAUCUGCCUCUCUCUUCCCUUCACCCCCCCUUCCUCUCCCAUUUCUGCAGCUCUCUGCAGCCAUUCACCCAUUCAUCUCUGCCCUGCCCCCGGGGAUUUGACUGCUGCCCACUGGCCCCUGGUUCCUCUCCUCACUUCCUGAUCCGUCUCUGACAUCUGAUUGGCUAUGGCGUACCACAGCUUCUUGCUGGAACCAAUUAGCUGCCACGCCUGGAACAAAGAUUGGACCCAGAUCGCCCUGUGCCCCAACAACCACGAGGUCCACAUCUACAAGAAAGACGGGACCAAGUGGACCAAGAUCCAUGAGCUGAAGGAGCACAACGGGCAGGUGACAGGCAUCGACUGGGCUCCAGACAGUAACCGUAUCGUUACCUGUGGAGCCGAUCGUAAUGCCUACGUGUGGACCCUGAAAGAAGGAGCGUGGAAACCCACCCUGGUCAUCCUCAGGAUCAACCGCGCCGCCCGCUGCGUGAAAUGGUCCCCCAAAGAGAACAAGUUCGCCGUGGGCAGCGGCUCGCGUCUCAUCUCCAUCUGCUACUUUGAGCAGGAGAACGACUGGUGGGUGUGUAAACACAUCAAGAAGCCCAUUCGCUCCACCAUCCUGAGUCUGGACUGGCAUCCCAACAACGUGCUGCUGGCUGCCGGCUCCUGUGACUUCAAAUGCAGGGUGUUUUCAGCCUACAUAAAGGAGGUGGAGGAGAAGCCCGGCCCGACUCCCUGGGGCAGCAAGAUGCCAUUUGGAGAGGUGCUGUUCGAGUCCGGAGGCUCUGGAUCCUCGCCUCAGACUUCCGGAGGAGGCGGCGGUUGGGUGCACAGUGUGUGUUUCUCACACUCUGGUAACCGCCUGGCCUGGACCUCCCACGACUCCACCGUGUCUGUGGCGGAGGGCGGAAAGACCAGCACAGUGAACAGUCUGAGCUCGGAGACUCUUCCUCUGCUGUGUGUCACCUUCAUCACUGAGAACAGCUUAGUAGCAGCCGGCCACGACUGUUACCCGGUGUUGUUUGUCUACGACGGGACCAAAGGCAGCUUGGUUUUCGGAGGCAAGCUGGACGUUCCCAAGCAGGCGUCGCAGAAGGGCAUCAGUGCCAGGGAGCGCUUUCAGAACCUGGACCGCCGCGCCUCGGAGACGCAGAGCAACGACAAGGACCUGAACACCCUGCACAAGAACAGCAUCAGCCAAAUCUCAGUGCUGAAUGGAGGAAGAAACCAGUGCGCUAGGUUCUGCACCACUGGUAUGGAUGGAGGAAUGGGCAUCUGGGAUGUCAAGACUCUGGAAUCUGCCAUGAAGAACUUGAAGAUUGUCUGAACUGAAGUUUACAUAUCUCGGACCAAAGUGCCGUAGCUUCUGGAAAUAUGAAGAAAAACUGCCGCCUUAUUACACAAAGCUUCUCUUAUGUUAAUCAGAUGCUGUUUUUAUAUACCAGUUAACCAGUGGGACCUCAGGUCUUACAGUUUGUGUAAUCCCUCCAAAGCUCUGUGCAGAGCUUGUUAAACUGCAGGCAGCAUGCAGAGCCACUGACCUCAGGUCUGCUAAUGGUACUUAGUGAGUUAGAUUAGUACAGUCACCAAGAGCUCAGACUGAGCUGAACGCUUAAAGCGGGCAUCUUAUGAUAAUCUGAAUGAAAGUCUACAGUAUUGUUAAGGGCUUAUGCUGGUCAUAAUACGCAUUUAAUAAAUAAUUGCUGUUACUGUACUCAACA